UGCCCGCCGCUCGCUCGCUGUGCGCUCCGCUCAGGGGCUCCGUGAGGAGGUGAGUCUCGGCAGCAGCGGCGGCGGCGCCGGCGGGUCGGGCGGCCGAGGAGAAGGAGGCGGCGGCUGCCGGGGGGCGGAGCGGCGCCUUGCGGCGGGGGCCUGAGAACCUCCUCCCUCCUCUCCUUCCCGCACACACUCUGCGGGAGACCCUCUCCCCUCCCCCCAUCCCGGCUCCUGCUCCUUCCCCUCCCUGCCUGAGGGGGGGGCUGCAGCCUCCGGGCUCCCCCCCACCCACGCCCCCCGCCCCGCACUGGGUCAGGCUGUCAGGGCCCCGGGGAGGCAGCCACAGAGGGGGCUGGGGCUCCUGCCGCCUCAUCUCCCCUCCUCGUUUUCUCCUCCCCCCUUUAGUCUCCUCUCAUUCCCUUCCCCACUCCUUCAUUUGUCACUUUUCCUCUCCCUUCUUCCAUCCCUCCUCCGGCCUCACAUCUUGAUUCCCCCCCCCCCAUUUAUUUUAUCCCCUUCUUUCCCUCCCCCUUCUGAUUCUCAUCCUUUCUCUGGCUGCUCUGUGCGUGUGCACAGCGCGCUUCUCUGUCUUUCCAGGGAAAGUUGCAAGCCUCCCAAGUUUUUAGUCUAUUUCAGGGGGUGGGGGUAUAAAAGAGGGAAGUGAUGUAGAAGGCUUGGGGGCUCUCUGUGAAGGUUUUGACGUAGAGGAUGUGGGAAUGGAAGGGGUAGGCUUGUCAAUACUCUCAAACUAUUCCAGGGGGGUGACUUCAAAUCCUUUCUCCGGGGGGGAGGGGGAGUGAUAAUUUUAUUUCUGAAGACUGGCGCAAAAAGCCCCAACAACCCAAGGAUGGAGUUUUAGUAGCCAACCACGGCAGAACUCUUGGGGGGGAAAGGGGGGUUUGGGGCGCACAGGCUCACGUGUACGUGAAAAGAGUCGUCAGAUUGUUUGGCUUGAUGGAGAUGUGAAGCUAGUUGAGCUCAAUGCUUUUAAAGGUGGGCCGUGUAUGAUGAAACCUGACUUCCUUUAAAGUGUAGCAAAUUUCAUUUUUUAUGGCCAAAUGACAGCUUGACCCAGUUGUUAUCCAGUCAAAGGGCAUUUUUUUGAAUGUCUCUUUGUGGCACAACAGCCAACGCAAAAAUGAUGGCGGCUUACAAUGGCGGUACGUCUGCAGCUGCAGCAGGUCACCACCACCACCAUCAUCACCACCUUCCUCACCUCCCCCCUCCUCACCUCCAUCACCACCACCACCCUCAACAUCACUUGCAUCCAGGCUCUGCGGCUGCAGUACAUCCCGUACAGCAGCAUGCCUCUUCGGCAGCUGCGGCCGCCGCAGCUGCGGCCGCCGCUGCGGCCAUGUUAAACCCAGGGCAGCAACAGCCAUAUUUCCCAUCACCGGCACCGGGUCAGGCCCCUGGACCAGCUGCAGCGGCCCCUGCUCAGGUACAGGCUGCAGCAGCUGCUGCAGUUAAAGCGCACCAUCAUCAGCACUCACAUCAUCCACAACAGCAACUGGAUAUUGAGCCGGACAGACCUAUUGGAUAUGGAGCCUUUGGUGUUGUCUGGUCAGUAACAGAUCCACGAGAUGGAAAAAGAGUUGCACUCAAAAAGAUGCCCAAUGUCUUCCAAAAUCUGGUCUCUUGCAAAAGGGUCUUCCGGGAAUUGAAGAUGUUGUGUUUUUUUAAGCAUGACAAUGUGCUCUCCGCCCUUGACAUACUCCAGCCUCCACACAUUGACUACUUUGAAGAAAUAUACGUUGUCACCGAAUUGAUGCAAAGUGACCUCCAUAAGAUUAUCGUCUCUCCUCAACCACUCAGCUCGGAUCAUGUCAAAGUUUUUCUUUACCAGAUUUUAAGAGGUCUGAAAUAUCUACAUUCAGCUGGGAUUUUACAUCGAGACAUUAAACCAGGGAACCUACUUGUGAACAGCAACUGUGUUCUUAAGAUUUGUGAUUUUGGAUUGGCCAGGGUGGAAGAAUUAGAUGAAUCUCGUCACAUGACUCAGGAAGUUGUCACUCAGUAUUAUCGGGCUCCGGAAAUCCUGAUGGGCAGCCGUCACUACAGCAAUGCUAUUGAUAUUUGGUCUGUGGGCUGUAUCUUUGCAGAACUACUUGGCCGAAGAAUAUUGUUUCAGGCCCAAAGUCCCAUUCAGCAGUUGGAUUUGAUCACAGAUCUAUUGGGAACACCGUCACUGGAAGCAAUGAGGACGGCUUGUGAAGGCGCCAAGGCGCACAUACUCAGGGGUCCUCAUAAACAGCCAUCCCUUCCUGUCCUAUAUACACUUUCCAGCCAAGCUACACAUGAAGCAGUUCAUCUCCUUUGCAGGAUGUUGGUCUUUGAUCCAUCCAAAAGAAUAUCCGCUAAGGAUGCCUUAGCUCAUCCGUAUCUUGACGAAGGGCGAUUGCGGUAUCACACUUGUAUGUGUAAAUGUUGUUUUUCCACCUCUACCGGAAGAGUUUAUACCAGUGACUUUGAACCCAUCACUAAUCCCAAAUUUGAUGACACUUUUGAAAAGAACCUCAGUUCUGUUCGUCAGGUGAAAGAAAUAAUCCAUCAGUUCAUUUUGGAACAGCAGAAAGGAAACCGAGUACCUCUCUGCAUCAACCCUCAGUCUGCUGCUUUUAAGAGCUUUAUUAGGUAACUUUCCACUGUUGCUCAGCCAUCUGAGAUGCCGCCAUCUCCACUGGUUUGGGAAUAAAAGUAGAAGAUGAUAUACUACUGAAGAUGUAAUGUAGCUUUCCACUGGAGUCUGGGAUUUGCAAUUCUGGAGGUUAAUCUUGCUUGUACUGUAAUUUUACUAAUGAAGUUUUAAAUUAACAACCACUACUUGUAUGAUACGAAUAAUAUUUAGAGAUGUACUAGACUUUUAAUCUUGUAAAGUGGUUGUGCUUUUAGAAGAAAAUAUUUUACCCAGAGUUGCACAUGUUUUAUGAAUUCUGGCGCAGCUGUGAUGGCUCAGCUCGGAACAAACAGAGAAUUGAACCAAAUUUGGGGAGGUUGUUUUUUGUUUUGAUUUUUUUAAUUGAAGUGAGAUUGUAAAAAGGAUAGACAUACAUUUUGAUAUUGAGCCAUUCCUGAAGAUCUGGGGUUUUCUAAAAUUAAGGAAUACAGAGAGCUUGAUUGCGACCAAUCAUGAAGUCACAUCAGAUGACAGUGACCAGACUAUGAAUGGACAUGUCACCUGAUGAUCAAAUCCUAUAAAUAGCUUCUCACUAGAGCUGUGAUGGUAAUGUGUGCUGUUCUAAAAUCAAAUGUUGUGAGUAGAGAGAAUGAGUUUGUGACUAGGAGAGAAUAAACUUCUGUUUCCUUACCCGGUAUAAAUAUAUAUAUAUAUAUUUAAUCUAUUUUUAUUAGAAGUUUUUCUGCUCUUUCUUACAUAAAACCCCCAAGCAUGCAUCCUCUAUGUGUGUAAAUAAUUCCAUUUAUGGGCUAAUUUCAAAGAAUCCUGACAUCAUUGCUGUAUAGAGAGAAACUAGCUUGCACAUUUUAGGUCUGUGAAAUUUUGUGAGAAUUUUUUCCUGCACUGGACAGUUGAGAGAAAAAAAAAAAAAGAAAGAAAGAAAAGGAAAAAAAAAAAAACAACACAUAGGGAAUUAUGUUAAUUGUGUUUGUGUCUUUAGGCAAAGCUGUGGAAGUCUUGAAAUGUCACAGUAGUAAAUAACUUUUAUUUCUUUUUGGCUAAUUCUUUUUUUUCUGUUGGAACACUGAAUUAUUCUGUGCAUAUGUAUAUAUGAACACAAAUUGAAGGCCUCUACCUCCUGGAGUAUACAACUUGGUUUGUUUACCUCCACAUGAUUAUUAUUUUUUUUUUUUAAGUUCAGUGUGGAGACUUGAAACUUGAAUGUCCCUUCCAACUUUUAUAUUUAAAACAAGACAAGAAAAUUGAAGACUGUUUUUCACCUGUACAAAGAAAUACUAAUGGAUGGUCUUAAAUUUUGAGCAUUGGUCUGGGGAAAAACCUUGGUGUUUGUUAUGGACAAUUAACUGUUAAAGUUAUUGUAAGUUAUCUGUAUUUAGCAGAGUAUUUUCAACAAGAGUGAUCUGAGCUGAAAUUGGAGAUUAUUAGUAAGUUAUGUUUGGAAGUUUUAACUUCAAUGAAGUAAUUAUUUGCUGUGAAAGAAACAAACAUUGAAUUACUAAACAAAGAUGGUGCAAUAUCUUUGUUUUUUAUGAGGCUCUUGAGAAUAAAACCAACUGAAACAUUUCAAUUCACUUGAAUGAGAAACGUGUUUAAUUAAAAGAGCCCAAGAAGACACUGGUAUGAAAGGUAAAAUCUCAGAGGUUGGACAGUUAAUGUGGCACACUUGCUGGUCACUUUGUAAAAUGUAGAUUUGAAGUACAGUGGUGAAAACAUUAAAUGUGACAUUUGAAAAAGAA